AUGACAUAUGAUGCUAGUAGAACAUUUGGGAGAAAUUUGAACAAAAGAUGUUGGGCAGUUGUCAUUUGCUUGGUUAUUGGCAUAACAAUUUGCAAUUUUUUCGAGCCUUACAUAUUGAACUUCAAAUUUCUGGCAGGAGACAAUCUCAACUUGCAAACGGGAAUUACCAAGGAAAGAAUUGAAGCCCACCAUCAACCAUGUUCCGGGAUCAAAGAAAGGUCUAGCCUUGUUUGCGAGCUUACACGGAAAAAGGGGGAUUUUUGUGAUAUGAAAGGGGAUCUAAGAAUCCUUGGAAAUUCAUCUACCAUUUUCAUGGUCUCAAAUGAAGGUGAAAACCUCAAGACCUGGGAAGAUUCUUGGCAUAUAAAGCCCUAUGCUAGAAAAGAAGACAGUAUCGCAAUGGGGCGAGUUAGAACAAUAAGAGUGAGGAAAACCGAGGUUUCGAAAGGCAGUCCUAUCUGCAGUAGAAACUACAACAAUCCUGCUGUUCUAUUCUCCACCGGAGGAUACACCAGAAACCACUUUCACACCUUCGCUGAUAUACUGAUUCCACUAUAUUUGACAUCCAUUGAGUUCCAGGGAGAAGUAAGGUUUCUUAUAACCGACAUGCGCCCUCUAUGGAUAGAGAAGCAUCAAGAUGUGUUGCUGAAACUAUCAAACUAUCAGCUCAUUGACAUUGAUCAAGAAAAGGAAAUACUUUGUUUUCCAAGGAUUAUUCUUGGCCUUAAAGCAACAGAUAAGGAACUAGGCAUCAAUGCUUCCCAGUCUUCAUACACAAUGAAGGAGUUCAGACAAUUCUUAAGAAACACAUACUCUUUGAAGAAACAAUCUGCUAUCAGAUUACCUCAAGGUGUGAAAGGCAAAAGACUGAGGCUACUUCUUGUAUCAAGAAAGAAAACAAGGCGGCUCUUGAAUGAAGGAGAAGUUGCUGUGAUGGCCGAAGGCUUAGGCUUCGAUGUUCUUGUGGAAGGUUUGGAUUCCUUCGAGUCCAAUACCCCGGAGCUUGCCACUGAGCCUAGGGUCGCGCAGCUUGUCAACUCUGUCGACGUUCUUCUGGGUGUUCAUGGAGCUGGCCUAGCAAAUAUGGUAUUUCUCCCUGAAAAUGCAGUGGUAAUCCAGAUUGUACCUCUAGGAGAAAUGGAAUGGAUGGCUAGGACAUUCUUCGAAGAGCCUGCGAGAGACAUGAACUUGCGGCACUUGGAAUAUAGGAUUAGCCCCGAUGAAAGUACAAUAACACAACAAUUUCCAGAAAUCUUGAAGGAAGCCGAGGCAGUCAAAAAGAAAGGAUGGCGAGCUUUUCGAACAGUUUUUAUGGAUAAACAAGACAUCAACGUAAAUAUAAGUAGAUUCAGAAACACUCUGCUAAAAGCAUACGCUAUGCUAGAGAGUUAG